CGAGGCCGAGCGCCACCAGCAGCAGACCGCAGGCUCCGCAGGUGAAGGGAGAGCAGCAGCCGCGACCGGGAAAUCAAGGAUUGGCAUGGUAUUGCUUUGACAAGCACUUCCGUCUUCACAGAGUUUUCACUGAGGAAUAAUCUCAAAGGAACAUUUGUCUCCCCAUAUCUCUGUUAUUGACCAUUAGUAGCUAGCAGAUAUUUUUAAUGACUAGGAAAACAUCAACUCAACCACCCUUGUGCUAGGCCUGUUCCAAGCAGCCAAAUGCAGCUUUCUUCUAGUUGUUUCCAUAUCUCUGUUGCUGAAGCACCUCUCUUUGUUGGGUGAAUGUUCAUGAAGCCCUUUCCUGGACCAGCUUUGCAGGCUUAGGCCUCUUGGAGCCUGUGACAUGGAAGCUUUGGAAGUGGAUGAUAUCAGCCCGGCCUUAGAAGUUACUGAGGACUUCUUUAGUACUUUUGACAGUAAGCUAGAAAAGGCUGUGCGGCAAGCAGAGGUUUAUGGGAUUCAGGAAGUUCCUGAACUGGUAGGGCAUGAGGUACUCAGUAAUCUGACAGACAAUGGUGCUAUGAAAAAUGUUGCCUCCCUGGGCAAGGGGGGCAUGAUUUGGGACCACUGUAAGAGUAGGCUCUUAGAAACCAAAGCUCAAAAUGUCUUCCCUGCCAAAGAACAGUUUAUGGUCCAGAGAGGGACAACCCCAGAUAAUCUUUCCUGGAUGGAACAAAAGGAAGCGUCAACCUUUAAUUUUUUCAAUAUCUGUCAGCGUCGGAGGGAAAGACCUCGUUCUGUGAAUGACUUAUUGGAUGAGACCUCUACUUUCAAGCCAGGGCACACUCGGUCAAGGUCAGAUAUUACCCAAGUGGACUGGAGGGUAGUCCUCAAGACCAUGCCAUUGCAGCAGCAACAGCAGCAGCAGCCAUCUCUUCAAGGCCCUCACUUCACCAGGCCACCUUUUCUGUUGCCCUCACCAAAUAAGGUAGAAGAUGCUCAAGGAAAUACCGAACACAAGCAGACAUUCCCGAACAUUCUGAAGAAGGGCUACCUGGAGAUUAGAAAGGACCAUGACAGUUACUGGCAAAGCUGUUACGCAGAACUUUCACCCUACAACUUAUACUUCUACAGCCUGGACAGUAGUGGGAAUCAAAAUCUCUGUGCCACAUACCAGCUUUCACACUUCCAGAGCAUAUCUGUUUUGGGCAAUCUUGAGGCCAGGAUGGUAGAUACUAUUCUGUAUGAUAACACCCAGCUACAGCUAAAGGCAGAGUCACCAUGGGAAGCUUUGGACUGGGGACAGAAGCUCUGGGAAGUUGUACAUGCUGCUGUGCCUGGCUAUGUGGGGCAGCAGGAUGAGCUGGCCAACUCACCAGGGUUUGGCCAUCAUGCUGACUGUACACAGAAUCGUUGUUUACAGAAGAAAGCCAGUGACCUGCUGCCACCAUCCCCUGUCUUGUAUAGCCCCAAACAGUACCAAAACAUCAUCAAGUCAGGGACACUCUACAGGCUAACUGUCCAAAACAAUUGGAAAGCAUUUACAUUUGUGCUGAGCAGGGCCUACCUUUUGGCUUUUCAGCCAGGCAAGCUAGACGAAGAUCCCCUGCUGAGCUACAAUGUGGACGUGUGUCUGGCUGUCCAGGUGGAUAACCUAGACGGCUGCGACUCUUGCUUUCAAGUUAUUUUCCCUCAAGAUAUUCUCCGCCUCCGAGCUGAGACCCAGCAGAGGGCUCAGGAGUGGAUGGAGGCUCUGAAAACAGCUGCCAACGUGGCAAGGAGUUCAGAGCAAAACCUGCAAGUCACACUGCGGAACAAACCCAAGGAUCAGAUGGGUGGGCAUGAACUUGGGAAGCAUAAACGUCAGUCCGUAACUACCAGCUUCCUGAGCAUUCUCACAACUCUGUCUUUGGAACGAGGACUCACUGCUCAGAGUUUCAAAUGUGCAGGAUGCCAGCGAUCCAUAGGUCUUUCCAAUGGGAAAGCCAAGGUGUGCAAUUACAGUGGGUGGUAUUACUGCAGCAACUGCCAUGUGGAUGACAGCUUUCUCAUCCCAGCACGCAUAGUCCACAACUGGGAUACUUCAAAAUAUAAGGUGUCUAAGCAGGCCAAAGAGUUUCUGGAGUACGUGUACGAAGAGCCCUUGAUCGACAUCCAGCAGGAGAACCCCUUACUGUACCGCCACGCAGAGCCGCUGGCCACCGUGGUGCGGCUGCGGCAGCGGCUGAAGUCACUCCGGGCCUAUUUGUUCAGCUGCCGGGCAGCGGUGGCAGAGGAUUUGCGCCGCAGAAUUUUCCCCAGAGAAUACCUCCUUCAACAGAUCCACCUGUAUUCCCUUGCUGACCUACAGCAGGUGAUAGAGGGAAAGCUGGCUCCUUUCUUGGGCAAGGUCAUUAAGUUUGCCACCUCACACGUAUACAGCUGCAGUCUUUGUAGCCAGAAGGGGUUCAUCUGCGAAAUCUGUAACAAUGGAGAGAUCCUCUACCCUUUUGAGGAUAUUUCAACAAGCAGGUGUGAAAGCUGUGGAGCAGUUUUCCAUUCUGAAUGCAAAGAAAAGUCUGUCCCCUGCCCGAGGUGUGUCCGCCGAGAGCUGCAGAAGAAGCAGAAGUCUUUCUGGCAGAGGCUGAACAUGGAUGAGAGCCUAGAGGAGGCUUGCACCAUGUUUGAGCUGUCCUACCAGAACACCUGACUCGGGAAGACCCCAAAGCCAGGGAGGCACCGAUCCGCGAUCCUUCAGCCCUGAGUGGCUUCCUAACUAGCCAGUUAGACCCCCUCCUGAAGAAGAGUAUGCCUCAUCUUCAGCUAGCUAUAGAUAUAUUUAUUUAUUUAUAUAUAUACACACAUACCUGUA